AUGGACUGGUAUUCAUGGUUAACCAAAACCAAUCUAGACCCUUAUUUAGUUUAUGAGUAUGGGCGAGCCUUCACUCACAACGAGCUACAAAGGGGUGACACAAACUACUUCACCCAUGAGUUUCUUCAAAGCAUGGGAGUCACGGUUGCCAAACACCGGCUCGAGAUACUCAAGCUCGCACAAAAGAACAUAGGCGAAGGAUGUCCCAAAAACGGCUUCUCAAAGAUCAUGUCGGCCAUCACCAAUACUAGAUUGUUGCUUUGCAAGAAACUUGGAAAAUGUGUUUCGUUUAAACACUCGGUCCAUACGCCUAUGCCUGACCCAAACCCGUUUCGACCACAAUGGCCCGGUAUUAAUCUAAGGAAGAACAUGGGGUUUGAUGAGAAUAUGGAAGAGAAAGUGAAGAAAAAGAUGAAAUCCGGACCGUUGGAUAGAAGAGUACAAGAGAGGUAUAUGAGCCCGAAAAAGGUGUCAAGUGUUUCCGGGCCUUUGGAUAGGAAAGUGCAAGAGAACCUGAUGGUCAUGUAUGGUAGCCCGAUGGAGACUAGACAUGGCCCAAACCGUUCAGGGCCGCUUGACAUUGUGGACCAUAGUCCAAGGAUCGGGAUUCCAUAUGGCAUGGUGCAGACCGCGGGUGGCGGAGAUGAUGCGGCAGCUUCACUUUGGUCCUUAAUGUUUCAUAAUAUCAAGCCUACUUAA